AGUCAGCUUGCGGUGGCGACUUCUUCGCGUCAGCUAGGCAGCUGGGCUUGGGGCAAUCCCAGGGUAGUCCCUUGAUCGCGAGCGCUCACCUCUAUAGCCUGCGGUACGCAUGCGCGUUACUCUUACGGGUAAAGGUCAAAGGUUACCAACUACAACAAUGGCUAGGGUGAAGAUCGGUUUGUGGACGCGGUGUAUACGGGCUCCGUCGGUCCGUGGAGCCCUCAGCAGAAGUAGUCCUCCGUGGAUGAGAGCAGGGGCUGUGCUGGCACAGUCUACUCGCCAUGUCUCCCUACAUGAGCACCACAGCAUGGAGCUGAUGGGCAGCUUUGGAAUCUCGGUACCUUAUGGAGAGGUAGCGGUCACUGCUGAUCAGGCCAAGGACAUCACACACAGACUUGGAGGGGUAUCAGUGCUGAAGGCACAGGUGCUGGCCGGAGGGAGGGGGCUGGGAAGGUUUGACUCGGGACUAGAAGGAGGAGUUAAAAUUGUCAAUUCGUCAGAGGAAGCUAAGGAUAUAGCCAGUCAAAUGAUUGGCCAUCAGCUACACACUAAACAGACUGGUGCAGUUGGUAGACCUUGUAGGAAGGUGUUGGUGUCAGAGAAGCUAGAGCUGGUGAACGAGUACUACUUUGCUCUGGUCAUGGACCGAUCUUUCAUGGGCCCUGCCAUGAUUGCAAGUCCUCACGGAGGGGUCAAUAUUGAGGAGAUUGCUAGGACCAACCCCUCAGCCAUUCUCAAAGAACCUGUCGACAUUAUAGACGGUAUUCAGAAGGAGCAGGCUGUGGAUCAGAUCACAAAGCUCUACCAGAUGUUUAUUGAGAGAGAGUGCACCGCUCUGGAGAUUAACCCUCUGGCCACUGACUCUCAGAACAGAUUACUGUGUAUGGAUGCAAAGAUAAACUUUGACGACAACUCGGAGUACCGCCAGAAGGAGGUGUUCGGUCUGAGGGACUGGUCUCAGGAAGAUCCUCGCGACGUGGAGGCCGCCAAGUCUGGCAUCACCUACAUCGGCCUCGACGGAAGCAUCGGCUGCUUAGUGAACGGAGCAGGUUUGGCAAUGGCCACCAUGGACAUCAUCAAGCUGUAUGGAGGAGAGCCAGCCAACUUCCUGGACAUAGGGGGAGGGGCCAGUGCGAAGGAGGUCAUGGACGGCUUUCAGAUCUUCCACAGUGACCACAAUGUGAAUGCAGUGUUUGUGAACAUAUUUGGGGGCAUAGUUCGAUGUGAUGAGAUAGCCAGAGGCAUCAUAGCGGCGGCACAGGAGAUCAACAUUACUGUCCCCAUUGUCGUCCGGCUACAAGGGAACAGACAGAAGAAGGCCAAGGCUAUGAUUGAGGCCAGUGGACUCAAGAUGAUCGCUGUGGAGGACUUUGACCUCGCUGCCAGAACGACAGGGUUGAGACGGCUGCAUCGCACCGCAAUGGCAACCGUCGUGUUACGGUUUUUUAGCGUGGGACUCUGCCUGAUUUUUACCUGCUCAUCGCAAGGAGAGCUGCUAGUGUUCCCAGAGGGAGAGGUGCGCAGUAUUCUCUGUACAGCACAAGAUGAAGACCACUUUGGGAUCAACUGGAGAACUGCUGAUGGAGGAGAAUUUGGAAAUGAAGGCACUUUUACUGUGGGAGAUGAAGAGCCAGCUACCAAUGGGACAAAGGGAAGAAGAGUAAUAUUCACUGCAUCACCAGAAGUUAAUGGAAUAACUAUGACAUGUGUUGUCGUCAACUUUCGCCAACCUAGUGACUCCCCUGAGCCGCUCGAUUUCACCAUCAUCAUCCAAGGUAACCUCUCUGCUCCUAAUGUGGAUUACCAUGUGAGAGAGGGAUCCAUACUGUUCAGCUGGAGUCCUCCGUUCUCUCACAAUAUCACUGAUGUGGAGCCAGACAUCUCCCACUAUCUAGUGUAUGUUUAUGGAAAUGGUCUUCCUGAAUACACGGUCAAAACAAUAAAGACAAGAUACAUUUUGCACAAUGGAAACUGUGGAAUCGACAAGUACCAAGUGGCAAUAGCAGCAGUCAAUGUAGUUGGUGUGGGAGAGAAAUAUGCCAGUCCGUACUUUAGCAUGGAAGUACUGAGGAGUGUUUCAAACUUUAAAACUGAUCUAAGUGGAGAUUUUCCGGUUUUAAAGCUCCAGCUACACAGCAACUGUCUGGACGACGUCAUAUAUCAUGUUGAGCUCGUCCCAACCUAUUCUUCUGGCCCCUCACUUAACCUCAGUAAUACCAUGCAAUUCGGACAAACGUUGCUUACCCUGUCAUCAGAAGAGGUUACAUUCAACGAAUAUUACAAAGCCACUAGUGUGACCAUCAAGAUACAGUGGUUAUGUGCACAUCACGUGUCACUUUUCAGUGGGCUCAAACCUCAAAGAGUGACCUCUACUGCUCCUGAUGUGCAUACCAUCGUGAGAGAUGGGUCCAUACUGUUCAGCUGGAGUCCUCCAUUCUCUCACAAUAUCACUGAUGUGGAGCCAGACAUCUCCCACUAUCUAGUGACCAUUAUCAACAUGGAGGACCAUCACUCUGUGCUCACUGUCAACACAACAGACACUGAGUACCUCCUCCAGUCACAAGACUGCCAGCUAUCUGACUACCAAGUGGAGAUAGCAGCAGUCAAUGUUGUUGGUGUGGGAGACAAAUAUACCAGUCCUCCACUGACUCUGGAUGUGUUUUACACAGUGGUGACAGUGUCUAACACUGCCACAGUCACUUUUGGUGGGAAAUCUCCUGAAAUAACCUUCCAGUUGCAGUUUAGAAGAAACUGUAACAAGGAGACGAGCUUUGACCUCUAUCUCAUGCCAACCUUCACGCAACAACAACUGAUCAGUAUUUCACUUACAAGUCAACAGCAGCCGACUUUGACUCUCCAGUCAGGCGAUAUUCAAUUGAAUGAACUGUAUGAUGUCACUCUGACAGUGGAUGGAACCUCCACAUUUGAGCUGAGCUUGAGUACAUUUGACGUCCAGAAUGUGGAGGUCAGACUGACAAACACUGAAUACGAGAUAACAUGCUACUUUGCUAGUGGGUCAGAGGCCAGAGGUUGUAGGAUAGUCCUGAUCAAUGAUGAGGGGGAAGGAAGGGAAGAGUGCAAUGCACAAAGACUGGAGGGGGUUGGAGAAGCUGUGAUAAAGGCAACACUACCAGCAGGAGAGUAUUCACUACUGGUCUAUGAUGAUGACGAUGACUCUAUGGGUCAAGAGAACCCUGCAUACCACACAUUGGUAUCUUCAACUUCCUCAGACUUCCACAACAUGGGCUGCUUUCCGAAAGCCUCAGAUCUUGAGUCAUCAGCAGGCCCAGCAGGCAACAGUGAAAAUGGUUUCAAAGAGCUGACUGUGGUUCUGUCGGUAGUAUUCCCAAUGGUAUUCAUCAUUACCUUCCUGGGAAUAGUGGGUGUUGUGGCUGUGCUGGUCACUAGGAACCGCAGAGUUUCUAAGAGACAUAGACAUCCUGAAUGUGGUAAAAGUGCAGCCAAUGAAUAUGUUGAGAGGAAGAGUUUCCUGGGCAAGCAUUCAACAACAGAGUCUAGUGGCUCCUCUGGCAGUGAUGACACAACACAACAACUCACUGAAGGGAGCUCCCUCAGUGACACUAGGGAGUCUUCUGAAUCACAGGGCAGUAUGGAGUCCAACACUACCAUUGAGGCGGAGCUACCACCACCCUCACCUGCACCUUCCAACAAUACCCACAGCUCGCCAAACGCUACCAACAAUACCCACAGUUUGCCAAAUGCUACCACAGAGCCACCAAACACUACCACUCGUACACACAACUUCCCAAAUCUGUCUGAAGCUACCACAGACGUGCAGCAGACUCCAAACACUGCUGAGACUGAGACAAACAACCUGAACCGGUUGUCUGGACCAGACAGUAGAGACUCCGGUGUGAACCAAGAGUCGUCUCCACACAGCACUGCUCCAGUUGUUUCUCGUCAGAGAAAUGUAUGCUAUUCAAAGUGUGAUUUCAUGUACAUUUUUUGCUCUCAGUGUUUUUUAUAUAUGUGUUGACAUGCCAUUAUUCACGGCUUUCUUGUCCCCCUCUCCCCAAUAAUGUUAUAUAGUACAUUCAAGUGGAGCCUGAAGCUGGAUGGAAUAUUCAAAGACCACCAGACAUAAGGGAAGACACUGUUUUGUACGCCACAAUUCUUCCUCACACAUCUCCUCCUCCCACUAAUCCAUAACACUUUUGUAAUGUGAAAGCAUUUUUAAAAUCAUUUUGGUACACAUGUAGAUAAAGUCUCACAGUAAAUGGAAGUGACAGAUGAACUUAUUUUUUAUGGUGUGUUUAUGUAUUGCUCAUUAAAAUUUGAUGAAUAACUUUGAGC